AUGAGCACGGACCGAAUGCAGGUGCUUGGGCAAUUUCAAUGCGGAGGCGUCACCGAAGGCCGUGGAGAAAUUGUGGGCUUGGCUUCUGGGCAGCAAAGUGAUGACCUAGAUGUGCCGGUCCACCAUGGUCAAUUGUUUGGUGUCUACAGUGCGGUACUGACCAAGUUCCAAGUUCCCAGCAGCUCUGCAACAAAGAUUGAGUUCCGAGCUUCUGUGGCAGGCCUUCGAGCGCUUGGCCCGCACGGCGCCCGGUGGCGGCGCCGUUUCGGCCGUGUCUCAGGUGGUGGAGGCUGCCAGGCAAACCCUGUCCGACGUCAGCCUCCCAAGUGGCUGUCAGCACAGCUGCCUGCGAGCUCUGCAUGCUCUGGUCACCUUUACACGGGAACCCUUGGCACCCUUGUUCAACGGCGAGAUGCAGCAGCUGCUUGUGGGGCGAUGCCACCACCUAGAUGUGCCAGGUUUGUCGGCUUCCGUUCGCAGCGUCCUGGGGAUCCUGGGGAAUUUGGCUUCCUGCAGCCAGAGCUUCUGUCAGGAACUGAGUGGAGUGGGGAUUGUGCGCCCAUUUUCACAAGCUCUGGCGAAGUCCUUGUCUUGGUACAAGGCUGGGGAUCAGCGAUAUUUGGAUGGCUGGGAUCCAUUCAAACCACAGGGCUUAUUGCAGAAGGAACUGCUCCCCCAGAACAGCUGUCUGAGUCAGAGACGUUGGAGGUAGAGGUCCAUCUGACCUACGCCAUGGCCAGCAUCCUCUUGGGAUGGCUGGCGCGCGGCUCUUCCAUGGCCAGGGGCCAUCUGGAAGACCAACUGGGCUCUACCCAGGCCUUGCUCGACAUCUUGCGCACCUUCACCAUCUUCCAGGACCGCUGCGGGAUUCUGACGGAUGGUUCUUUGCUCUGCGUGCACACGGUGAUGCAAUUUCUGGCAGAAGCAGAAGCAGAACAGCUCCAGGCUUCGAAGGCAGAAAGCCCCAGAAGCAGAGAUGGAAAGGAGGAGGACCUCACCUGCGAGUCCCCGAAGGGGUCAAAAACAGGGCAUGGACAGAUGAAUUUGAGAGAACUCACCUCAGAGGAAAGGGCCAAUUUGCUGCAGAUGGAGCUGACUCCUGAACAUGGGAAGAUUUUUAGGCAGAUGGAGAUGACUCCUCCAUGUCCAAAGACUUCAGAACGCAAGGCUAGUUGGAAGGAGAGGGAGCUCACUCAGCACCAUCCCAAGACUUCAGAGUGCGAGGGUGCCUUGCGCGAGAUGGAGCUGACUCCUCCACGUCCAAAGACUUCAAAGCGUAAGGCUGCUUUGACGCAGGAGGAGCUGACUCCUCCACAUCCGAAGCCGUCAAAGACCAAGGCUGCUUUGACGCAGAUGGAGCUGACUCCUCCACAUUCAAAGACUUCGGAAUGCAAGGCUAGUUUGAAAGAGAUGGAGCUGACCCCUCAACAUUCGAAGACUUCAGAGUGCAAGGCUCCUUCGAGAGAGAUGGAGCAGAGUUUUUGCACCGAUGUGGUGCAGGUGUACCAAAGACGCCGUGCCAAGCGCAGAGAAGAUGAUGUCAACGAAUGUGGAGACUUCAAUCCUGUCCCUUUGUGA